ACGUUGAAAGAUCCACCCCUUCGAGAACACCUGGCGGUCUAUAGAUAGUUCGUCUCGUGUUGAAAGCCCAAAGAAACCCUCUCCGUUUCCGACAGUACACAAAUGUUCUUAUCCAAAUUUGUUAACAUCACAAAUACCUCCAACUGGAUCAUUACAAAUGCUUAUUAAUGAUGGACUUGUAAGAGGCACCACUUAAGCACAGUUUAGAAUGAAAUUAAGAGCAGCAGGGGGCCCUUGCGUUUAAAUAACUUUCUCAAGAUGCAUCUUUCCACAUCCAAAUAAUGUAGUAGAUUCAUGGUCCAACUACAAUGUCUGUAAAGCCACCAAGUUUAAUAGUGUACGCCAGUUGUUGAAGUAGAAUGACCCAAGAAAAUGACCAGAAAAACUUGUACUCUCCGCUCCUUCAAACCCAAAGUGAUACGUCGCAAUUGCCGAAAAGAAACUCAUCAUUUUCAUACCACAGUGACAGUCUACAUCAGAAUCCACUCUUUGAAAAUGCAAGUACCACCAGAAAAGACACACCAGAAAGCGCCGAUUUGUCGGCUAUGUCAGUACUAAGCUUGUACCAAAAGGGAGACAAUUUAGAUCAAGACAUGGACACUGGCCAGGACUUUUCGGACUUCCCAAAACAACGGCCGAAAGUGAUGAUAGUUAAGAAUUCGAGUUGCGAUUCGCACGCAAAUCAUCGGGACGGUCAGGGCGACGUAGAUCCGGUGAAAUGCCCUCAACCGAAGAUAUUUUUCAACGAUGGCGUGAAAUCCGUCGAUUUUAUCAUGGUUUGGGACGGGUUCGACGACCAAGCCGUUACGGAAGAAGCCUACACCAAACGGCGGAUAUUCGAGACAAAUUUAAUCAAAGAGGGACUGGAGUUGCAGUACGAACCUCAAGAGAAAAACGGAUUAAAUUUUGUCAAGAUCCAUGCCCCAAAAGAAGUUUUGAGGAGGUACACAGAAAUAUUAAAGAUGAGGAUGCCAAUGAAAGAGGAGUUGUGUAAGUUGCCCAGAGAAUUUCGAAACAAUUUAUUUCACAGUGCAACUUCUUACUUUAAACAGAAGCUUCCAGCAUUGAACCAAAUUAAUACACGCAACAAUUUCAUAAUAGAAGGCAUAACAAAUUCGUGGGACAAAAUCAAAAGUCUAGUGUUUGUCGAUACGGAAAAAUUUCCAGAAAAGAAGCAACGAUUCACCGCAAUUUACAGUAGAGAUAGGGAAUAUUUAUUCGAUGUGGAUUCUCCGUGUUUUUUCACUCCGGCGAUUCAUUCGAGAAUCGUGCAAUUUAUCCUGGACAGAAAACGUUUUAGUGAAAACAAUCACGACGAUUUUGCAUUCGGAAUCGAAAGGUUGAUCAACGAGAAGGUUUAUGUAGCUAUUUAUCCGUUGCACGAUGGUGAUCUUAAGACCCCCGGUUCGGUGAGAAAUUUAUUAUACAACGAAUGGGCUUCAGUCAGCAAAUGGUACAGAUAUCAACCUUUGGAUCACGUUAAGGAAUACUUUGGAGUGAAGAUCGCCCUGUAUUUCGCCUGGUUGGGUUACUACACUCAUAUACUGAUGCCCGCUGCUGUUGUCGGAUUGGCCUGUUUUAUUUAUUCCGUCGCCACUUUGUAUAACAAUAAGCCGAGUGAGGACAUUUGCAAUUUGAAUCUGACAACGAAGAUGUGUCCGUUAUGUGAUUAUUGGUGCGAUUAUUGGGACAUUAAGGAAACUUGUGUUCACGCCAGGAUUACUUACUUGUUCGAUAAUCCGACUACCGUGUUCUUUGCCAUUUUCAUGUCAUUUUGGGCGACCUUAUUUUUGGAACUGUGGAAGAGAUACUCGGCGGAGAUAACGCACAGAUGGGAUUUGACCGGUUUCGACGUUCAAGAAGAACAUCCCCGACCUCAAUACCUCGCCAGAUUGGCCCACAUCAAACGGAAACGCAUCAACAUCGUAACCAACACUAUGGAACCGGACGUGCCUUUUUGGAAAAUACGAGUGCCCAUCACCAUAUUCAGUUUCUCGGUCGUCCUACUCUUGGUGACAAUGGCUUUGGCCACGGUUGUCGCUGUCGUUUUAUACAGGAUGUCGGUGUUGGUAGCGUUGCAAGUGUACGCUGGACAAGUGGACAAUAGUUAUGCAAUUCUCUUUACAACAACGACCGCAGCAUGCAUAAACUUGUGCUGCAUCGUCGUCUUCAACUGGAUUUACACGUUCGUGGCCGAAUACCUGACCGAGUUCGAGUUACUCCGGACCCAAACGGAAUUCGACGACUCGCUCACCCUCAAAAUCUACUUGUUGCAGUUCGUCAAUUACUACGCGUCGAUUUUCUACAUCGCCUUUUUCAAGGGCAAGUUUAUAGGUUACCCGAAACGCUAUAACAAGAUUUUCGGAUACAGACAAGAGGAGUGCGGACCCGGCGGUUGUUUGAUGGAGCUGUGCAUCCAGUUGGCGAUCAUCAUGAUCGGAAAACAAGCGAUGAACACAGUUUUGGAAAUGCUCUUCCCACUGUUCUACAAAUGGCUGAACACUUUAAAAGUAAAGACUGGCUUGAGCAAGGAUUAUAUGUCUUGUAAAGGUUGCCAGCCGCAAUGGUUAAAAGACUUCAAACUUGUUGAAUGGGGACCCAGAAGUCUUUUCCCCGAGUACUUAGAAAUGGUUCUUCAAUAUGGAUUCGUUACGAUUUUUGUGGCGGCGUUUCCUCUGGCGCCGUUCUUCGCACUACUUAACAACAUCCUAGAGAUGAGACUAGAUGCCAGAAAACUAUUAAUAUUUUACAGAAGGCCUGUUUCACAACGCGUAAAAGAUAUUGGAGUUUGGUACAGGAUUUUAGACUCUAUCGGAAAAUUAUCGGUCGUCACCAAUGGGUUUAUAAUAGCGUUCACCUCGGAAUUCAUACCAAGAUUGGUUUAUAGAAUGAUGGUUAGUCCUGAUCAAAGUCUCGACGGGUACCUAAACUACACCUUAUCCUAUUUCAAAACGUCCGACUUUCAAAUCAGUUCUGCACCCAAAAAUUACAGUUCAGAAGAGUUCUGUCGGUAUCCCGAUUACAGAGAACCUCCUUGGUCCCCCAACAAAUACGAGAGAUCUACAAUGUACUGGAUUAUUUUGGCAGCCCGACUAAUUUUCGUCGUUAUUUUCGAAAACAUCGUGGUGCUCGUGAUGAUCGUCGUCAAGUGGUGUAUUCCGGACAUUCCUGGCGAUCUCAAAGAUCGUAUUCGACGAGAGGCUUACAUCACCAACGAGAUUAUAAUCAAGCAGGAGACUAUUCGUGCUCAAAACGGUCACUUAUAUUCCGAGUGGCCAGCAAAGAAGGAACGGUUAAGAAACAUGGAAGAGUGCCCGGCGACACCAGAACAGUGGGACAGAUUGAUUAGUAAGUCUUUGUCUGGUAGUGAAUUUGAUCUGAUGGUUCACGGCAACGAACCCUGUUGCAAUAACUGUAAUAACGUUAAAUCACCAUCGUCUGUUUAAAAUGAUUAUAGUUCUAGUCAAGAAACCAAAUAAUAACUAAACACUAACUGUUGGAUUGGCUGUUUAUAAGUAAGACAAAUGUUAUUUCAAAUUGUAAAUAUUUUAUUAAACCAGUUGAAUAGCACAGACAAUAUGUGUUACAUACUCCUGAACUGCCUUAAAAAAUCACUCAAAUAUUAUAUUUUUAUAUAAGUACUUGAUUGUUUGUAAUUUAAUAUGAAUAUAUUAUGAAUUAAUGACCUCAAUAUACCAAAAGUAGCACUAAUAUACGUUUUGUACUUAUAUGCUGGAUUAAUGUGGGAUGUUCCUUAUCUAUUGUUAUAAGUUUGCUUUUAUUUAUUGUUAUUCUGAUUGUAGUCCCAAGUUAGUUUUUAAGUACUUUUGUGAUUUAUACGCAUUGUGAUUGUACUAUUUAUCCUUAAUAAACUUUUGCUUUUGUUUA